UAAGGAAGGAGUUAGGAGGGUGGUGGUGGAGUUGUGAGGGACUCAAUUUUAGCUUAAUGAGAUAAGGGGACUCAAUAAAAAGGACUCAUCUUCCUUCCACCAUUACCCUCAUCUCACGGAUCUUGCCCCUCUCCCUUUUCUUAUAGAGACCACAUUUAUUCAUUGCAUUCAAAGGGCAAUGGCCUCUUGGAAGAAGACCAUCACAACUCCAUUCAAAAAGGCUUGCACUUUCUUUAACCAGCAACCAACAUCUGCAAGGGAUCAAAAGAAGUCUCAAACAGAGCAAGAGAGGCAAGUAAUGGAUCUGCACGGGGAAGUGAUGGCAUGUGGGUAUGAAGAUGUUCAAGUGAUGUGGUCUAUUCUGGAUAAGUCGAAAUCCACAAACUGCAAUAUAACCUCUUCAACCUGACCCAAUAAAAAAACAAGAAAGUGGCACUUCAGCAAUUAGCGGAUGUUUUUGUAUGCUAAUGUUUAAGGUCAUAAUUGCAUCAUACUAACAUAUCUAUUUGGUAUGAAUGUAAUUCUCAUUCUCAUAGUAGAAAAUGAAAAAUGAUGUGUAGUGUGUAGGUGUUUGAUAUGGUAGGAUUUAACGAGGUGAAGAGAAGAGAAGACGGUGACGGUGUGUUGUAAUUGUAAGUCAAAAUGUGUAGGGAAUCCCCAUGAUUGAUGAGAGAAAAUCAUGGCGAGAUUAUGAUAUGAAGAAAUAUUAGAUUUGAUUCUCUCAAUAGUCAAUGUUAAAAUCUCGAGACUUGCAAAAAUA